CUAACCACCAUCGACUCGGCUCGGACACCCUGACCCAGCGCACCCAUGUCUACGGCUCCUGAGAUGCCCAUCGAGGCAGGACAGUUCGACGACGCACCGCAAGACACCUCGAGCGCGGUCGAUCCUCGCGCGGGGCACGCAUUCAUCGACGAAGUCCCUCCCGGGCAGGACAUGCUCCUAGAGUGGUCCGAGAGUGAGAGCGAGGAUGAUGAGGAUCAAGAUGAAUUUGGCGACGAGGAGGAUGCUAUGGAGGCUGCUGCAUUUCAGACCCUGCGGGCAGAGGACGAGGAUUGGGAAAUCGCUGAACGAGAUUUCACGAAACAGUACAAUCGUGUGAGACAGCACGUUGCUGUACGGACAGGCGCUGCACAAGGCGUUGCAUCUGCUGUGAACUUGCGCGCUGCGGUAGCAUCCCUACCUGCGGUCAAUCGGCCGAAACAGGCAGCAAAAACCAGUAGUCCCGCUGCCUCAACACAGAUAAAAGAUCAAACAUCCGACCAACUCCAAGCUCUGUCGAAGUACUCCUCGCGCAUCCGGAACAUCGACAUGCCGUACGAUCUGGGCGUCGGCGUGAACAGGAAAGGCCCAUCGGCCACUGCGAAUAUGAAAGACAAGAGCGAUCGCGCGACGAGCGAGCAGGUGCUUGAUCCUCGGACUAGAAUCAUUCUGUUCAAGAUGAUCGGGCGGGGGCUCUUGUACGAGGUGAACGGAUGCGUCAGUACCGGCAAGGAAGCCAAUGUAUACCACGCCCUUUCCCCUGACUUCAAGCACCUCGCUUUGAAGAUAUACAAGACGUCUAUUCUGGUAUUCAAGGAUCGCGACAAGUACGUCUCGGGAGAGUAUCGUUUCAGACGAGGAUAUAGCCGUCACAAUCCCCGAAAGAUGGUCCGGGUGUGGGCAGAGAAGGAGAUGCGGAAUCUGAAGCGCCUAGUAGCAGCUGGGAUCCGAUGUCCCGAACCAGUUGAGGUCCGCGAGAAUGUUCUCGUCAUGGGCUUCGUGGGCGACAGGGAGGGAUGGGCAUCGCCGCGUUUGAAGGACGCUGAAAUCCCGGAGUCCGUGAUACCCGACCUAUACGUAGAGCUUUUGGUCAUGACGCGCAAGAUGUUCCUGGAGUGCAAGCUCGUUCACGCUGAUCUGUCGGAGUACAACAUCCUCUACCAUGUCGACGACAUACCACCCUCGCCUCCUCAAGACCAGCCCUCUGCCGCGGGCGAUUCAACAGACCGGCCACCGUCCGGCGCGGGGGCGCCGACAGAGUCGUCAGCACAAGGCGAAACCGCAGGCCCACCGAUACUUCAAGGGCACCUCUACAUCAUCGACGUUUCCCAGUCCGUCGAGCACGACCACCCGCAUGCCUUCGACUUCCUCCGCUCCGAUCUGCGCAACGUCGAGGACUUCUUCUCGAGGCGGAGCGUCCGCUGCGUCGGUCUGCGCCGCGCGUUUGAGUUCGUCACGCGAGAGUCGCUCGUGCCCGAGGGCAGCUCCGAGGACGCCGCUGCCGUCCUGCGGCGGUGGAUGGAGGAGCCCGAGCAGGUACCUGUUGAGGGGGAGGAAAGCCAGGACGGUCAGUCGAAGGCGGAUGCGGCGCAGGAGGACGCGAUCUUCAUGAAGUCGUAUAUACCGCGCACACUGAAUGAGGUCUACGAUCCUGAACGGGACGUGGGCGCGCUCAAUCGCGGCGAAGGCGAGAAGCUCAUAUACAAGGACGUGAUCGGGCUGGUGGACGCGGGGAGCGAGAAGGUCAACGGACAAGCCAAGGCCCACGGGAACAAGGUCCGGUUCGAAGACGAUGCUGCUGAUGAAGUCGACGGCGAGGCAGAGGAGAACAGCGACUCGGAGGCCUCCGGGGACGAGGACAAAAACGAACAGUCUGACGGGGAGUCCGACGGAAAGGGCAAGUUCGAGGAUCGGCGUCCUCGGGGACACCGACACGAAGAUAAGGAAGCCAAGAAGGAGCGGAAGAAGGCGACUAAGGAGGAGGCGCGCGAGAAGCGCCAGCACAAGAUGCCCAAAGCGGAGAAGAAACGGCGCGUCAAGGCGACGGCGCGGGGCAGCUGAGUCGACGGUGAUUUGACGGUGAUCGUCGCAGAGUCGCCACGCUGCGUGUGCAACGUGCGGUGGGGCGGGUGUCCGACGCGCCGGGCUGCUGUUGCCAAUUCCCCCCUGGUGAGCAUGACGUCUGUGGCACGGCUGCACACUUGUUGCACUGGCAGGUGGUCUUCGCGCGGCGACGACGCGCCCGCUGCGCCGUGCAUAUUUUGGAGCACGGAAACUGUCAGUAGAUGUCGUUGCCAGGUACCACACGCGCCGAAGAGUUCCAGGGUGCAUGAAAUGUAGCGUUGGAUUUUGUAGCCACAGUUUGAAUGAUUUCUGUACAAUGCAAGUUGAAUGCAAAGUACUAAGUAGUAUAGUGUCCGAGUAGCGGCCUUGCACAUCCGUCAUCAUCAAUGCACUCGUCCGAAACUCGAGCCUA